CUUUUGGCCUUUUCUCAACCUUUGAAAGCUGCCAGGCCCCCAUCUACCAGUCUUCAUUGUUCCUCCCUCACGCAUCUCUUCCUCUUCUCGUCGACGACGACACUCCUCCGGAUACUUCUUUCUUUGAAGGUAUUACUCGAGGAGACCAUCGGCACCACGCACAGUCUCCAAGCCCGCUUCCCGAUUGUCAAUUGAACUAGGUCUUAUUUGGUCUCAGCUGGCUUGGCCGUGUCGCUCGUUCGCAACCUCGUCAUUGUUGAAAAUUACAACUUGCCACUUCUAUCACCGCUAACUCUUGUAAUCCAUCUCGAUUUCCUGUAACAAGAUGGGUGCAGACGAGAAGACGAGACAAUCUGGCGAGGUCUCGCGAUCCGAGAACAAGGGCCCGAUCUUGCCUACUGUCAAUCCAGAGACGGAGAAGCCUCAACCUCCCAAGGUGGCAAUCCACCCAGCAUUCUACGUUGCAACUUGGAUUGGUCUCUCUUCAUCCGUCAUUCUAUUCAACAAAUGGAUUCUUGAUACCUUGGAGUUCCGCUACCCUGUCAUUCUGACCACCUACCACUUGACCUUCGCGACAAUCGCAACUCAGAUCCUCGCCCGAUAUACUAGCCUGCUCGAUGGUCGCAAGACUGUCAAAAUGACGGGCCGCGUCUACCUGCGCGCCAUCGUCCCCAUCGGCAUAUUCUUCAGUCUGAGUUUGAUCUGCGGAAACUUGACCUAUCUGUACCUCAGUGUCGCUUUCAUCCAGAUGCUCAAGGCCACCACGCCUGUCGCUGUGCUUCUGUCCAGUUGGGUCAUGGGUGUCGCCGCACCCAACAUGAAGAUCCUGAUGAACGUCUCUGCCAUUGUCGUCGGCGUCAUGAUUGCCUCAUUUGGUGAGAUCAAGUUCGUAUGGAUCGGAUUUAUUUACCAGAUUGGUGGUAUUAUCUUCGAGGCCAUCCGUCUCAACCUGGUCCAGGCUCUUCUCAGCUCCGCCGAGUACAAAAUGGACCCAUUGGUCUCUCUCUACUACUUUGCUCCCGUCUGUGCUGUCAUGAACGGUCUUGUCGCCCUCUUCUGGGAGAUCCCCAAGGUAUCUAUGGUCGAGGUUUACCACGUUGGUCUCGGCACAUUUUUCCUCAAUGGGCUCUGCGCCUUCCUGCUCAACGUCUCUGUCGUCUUCCUGAUCGGAAGAACCUCGUCCCUUGUCAUGACGCUCUGCGGUGUUCUCAAGGAUGUCAUGCUUGUUGCUGCUUCCAUGCUGAUCUGGGGCACCCCCAUUUCUGGCCUCCAGUUCUUCGGCUACGCCGUUGCCCUGUGCGGUAUGGUCUACUACAAGCUCGGCUACGAGGCUAUCAAGGGCUACGCAGCCGAGGGUGGUCGACAGUGGGCAGAAUUUGGAGCUGCUCGCCCGGCUCUGCGCAAGAUCAUUGUGAUCGCUGCUGCGCUCUUCUUCGUUUUUGUCCUCUUCGGUGGAUUUGCCCCUGCCGAGUACAACCCGACUCCCUAUAUAAGCGAGGCUGCCUCCAAGUAUGGCUGGAGCUCGUGAAGACGCUACGUGAUGAAUGAAAGACUCACUUUCACCGUAUGACUUUUUAAUCUUCGAGGUGGGAUGGAGUUACGAGGGCAAGCCUUGCCGCCAGGGUCGUGGUGGGCUGGAGACAUUGCCGAAGGAUCAAAGGACAAUUUGAGGUAGAGCGUUGGGUGUAACUGAUUUUCAUUUUCAAGUACAUACCUGCAACCCACCUUCACGUUCAUCUCCCCGUUUCUUCAUAUAGGACCUCUAAUCAGUUGGAGAUUUCUCUCAUUUGUGGCAACGGGGAAACCGAUGUAAGUGAAGGGGCAAACGAGUAAACAGACUCGCUGUACAGCAUAGAGAAAACGAGAUGGCGCCGAUCGCAUGCCUAGGGGCGACAGGCAUUGCUCGUAUUACGAUACGAGCUGAUUAUGUACCUUAGAUGGCGUAAGACACCACCAGAUAGAUCUGAAUGGAUGGAAAACUUACCAAAAGG